AUGUUUAUUGCUUUGUGGGAGUUCUUCUAUGGGCACUUUUUUCGAUUUUGGAUGAAAUGGCUCUUACGACAGAUGACUGGAAAAUGUGAAUUGCAGCGAAUUUUUGAUACCUAUGUAGGUGCACAAAGGACGCACAGGAUAGAAAAUUCCUUGACAUACUCCAAGAAUAAGGUUUUACAGAGAGCUCCACUUGUUGUUCAGAGUGAAGUGGACAGAUGUGUAGAAGAUAUAAUGAAGGAAAAGAAGAUUAACCCUGAGAAGGAUGACAGUUUUAAAAUCAGCAUGAAGGCAUGCUUAUUACAGAUAUCCGGUUAUAAACAGCUCUAUUUGGAUGUAGAAAGUGUGAGAAAAAAGCCGUAUGAUUCUGAUAACCUGCAACACGAAAAGCUGCUUAUCAAGCUCUGGAAUCUUCUCAUGCCCACGAAAAAGUUGAAGGCUAGAAUCUCCAAGCAGUGGGCUGACAUUGGUUUCCAGGGUGAUGAUCCCAAAACAGACUUCAGAGGCAUGGGCAUACUUGGAUUAAUCAAUCUUGUAUAUUUCAGUGAAAAUUACACCAGUGAAGCUCAUCAGAUUCUUUCCCGUUCAAAUCAUCCAAAAUUAGGGUAUUCUUAUGCAAUAGUUGGAAUCAAUCUUACAGAGAUGGCUUAUAGCUUACUGAAGAGUGAAGCUUUGAAGUUUCACCUCUACAACUUUGUUCCUGGUAUACCAACAAUGGAACACUUUCACCAGUUUUAUUGUUAUCUUGUGUAUGAAUUUGACAAGUUUUGGUUCGAGGAAAAGCCAGAAAGCAUUAUGUAUUUCAACGUGUACAGAGAGAAGUUUCAUGAAAAGAUUAAAGGACUCUUACUGGAUUGUAAUGUGUCACUUACUUUAAAAAUAUGA